AGCUUUGUCAGUCUCUCCUCUUCAGAGUGGGAGAGUCUGCUGUAUGCCAUGGCUGGCAUAUUGACGACCAUGGGAAAGCGGAGAGUUUUUUGUGUUUAGGAUCUGUAAGUGUUGGACUGAACUGUGAGCUUACUGCACUGUUCCUGUCACAGAAAUGGAGAGAGUAUUUUCUCUGUGCCAUGGCUGGCAAGCUGACGACUGCGGGAGAUUGGAGCGUUUAUACACAGAGCCUAUCUGAGUGCGUUUCUCUGUUGGACUGAACCAUCAUCUCUAGUCAUCACUAUGAAGGACCCAUGCCGCGUAUGCAGAUUACGCCUCAUUGGCAGCCAGUGCCGCUGGAUCUUCAACCCGUCAGGCAAACGGCAGCUUCAGGUCAUCCUGUCCCACGUGCUGGGGCGCCUGGUCGACCGCGACCCCGACAGCCAAGCAUCAGAGUUCCUGUGCGGCAAGUGUGUGUUCACGCUGGAGCGCAUAGUGCAGUGCGACGUACAGAUCGGCAGGCUGCAGGAGGAGCAUGCUGCCCAAGUGCAGCGGUUGCAGCAGGAAAGAGAGAAUCUGAAGCAGUGUGUGGCCCACGUCUAUGGACGCCACAACCCCCUGCCGGAGAGGCCCGACGUGGGGGAGGUGAGCACCAUUAUGACCCCCCUCUGGAGGUCCUCUGAAGGUGGAAGUCCCGAUGAGUGCGGGGGAGAUCAGUUUACGUCAGAAGGGCAGAGGAAGGAAGAUGGAGGGGAUGGGUGGGUGAGGCGCUCUGUGAGUAUGGACCUCCUGGGUGGUCCAGUGGGAGCCGCAGGUCGGUCAAGCUCAGCCCACAGGAGGGUGCAGUCUGGUGGGAAUCCCUGCCCGGAGAAGAACUCUGGGCUCCGCUCCCGGAGCAUGAUGUACCAGGACCUGGUCUACCGCAAAGGCACCCUCUCAUCCCCCAGUUCCAGGUUCUGCUCAGCCUCGCUUCAGUCCCUGAACCCUGACCACACCCCUCAUCAGACAGAACCCCUGGGCCCCCUGUCACAGAGACCCUGCAGAGAGUCAAAGAUAUCAGUGAGGGAAUGCUCUCCUUCAGUGGGCCAUACUACCACCAGAAACCAGAGAGUGCAUUCCCCAGCCCAGCCUCCCAUCUCCGACCUGCUGCAGCUGCUGCGCUCCAUCCCCAGACGACCAAUCCCAGGGACCCCCGGGAGCCGCAUCCCCGUUCUGCGGAGGAAGCCCAUGGUUGGACAGCCACUCCCCCCUGGAGCCCGACGCAGACGGAGAGAGGCUGAGUGGAAGUCGCUCCAGGACCUCACAGAGGAGUUUAAUGAUGGUUACAUUCCUCUCAGAGCUGAGGGUUUCACUGAGCAGCUGAAUGAGGUGAGCAGGCUGGAGACAGCCCAGAGGCAGCUGAAUGAGGAGAUGAACCAGUUCAGAGCAAUGAACCAGAACCUCUCCAAGACCCUGGAGGACAUCCAGAAUAACAACAAGGUACUGUCUGGUAAGUUGGAGGAGACUGAGAACGAGCUGGGCUCGGAGAAGAAGAAUGCUCUGAAACGAGACAAAACCAUCCAGGGACUCAGUCUGGUGCUCAAAGAAAAGGAAAAAGAGAUUGAAGAGCUGUGCCAUGAGAUUGAGGACAGGGACGAGGCAUUAGCCAAAGCCAGGGAGGCAGCGCACAAAGCCCAGCUCCAGAAAUACCAGGGUGCGGAAGAGCACCAGUCUCUGCUGAUGGAGAAGCAGGCGGAGCUGUCCCAGCUCCAGGGCGAGCACCACACCAAGCGGCUGGAGGCGCAGAAGCUGCAGCGCUCCCUGGGCAGGAGGGAGCAGGAGCUGGCUGAUCUGCAGCAGGCCAAGGAGCAGCUGGAGCAGGAGCUAGAGGAGCUGCAGCAGCAGAGGAAGAAGGGGGACAAAGCUCUUAAUGAGAUGCAGAACCAGCUAAAGAAGCUUAACGGGGAGCUGGGCGAGAGGGAAAGCAGUCUGGAGCAGCAGUACCAGGAGCAGCUGGAGCAGACAAAGAGGAGGCUGCAGAGUCACGAGGUCACCAUCCAGCGCCUUACCACCUGCCUGGCCGACAAGGAGCAGCAGCUACAGGAGUACAUGAACAUGAUGAGAGACAUGGAGCAGAGCAGAAGUCCUGAGGAAAGUGACACUAUGCUUUCAAAGCUGCGAGAACGACUGAAAGAAAAAGAAAAGGCUCUGGAGCAAGCGCUGGAUGAGAAGUUUUCAGCUCUAGAAGAGAAAGACAACGAGAUCCACCAGCUGCGUCUGUCACUCAGGGAGAAGGAGAGAGACCUGGAGAGACUCAACAACCUGCUGUCUCACAAUGAGGACACCAUCAACAGUUUUGACGCGUUGAUCAAGGAGAAGGACGUGGAGCUGCAGCACCUUGCCAACACUAUGAAGAACUUGCAGCGUGCCAAGCAGGAUGUGGAGGACAACCUGAACCGAGCCUGCAGGGAGAAGGACUCCAUCAUCAGUCAGCUGCAGCUGUCCCUGGAGGGCAAGACCAAGGACAUGGAGGCGAUGGCAAGUGCCCUGCUGAGCCAGUCCCAGUCUCAGGCCCGUGACCUUGCAGAGCAGAUGGGUCAGAGGUUAAAGGUGGCAGAGGCCAUGCUGGUGGACGCGGUCAAGGCCCGUGAGAGGCUGGUGGCAGACAACGAGAGCGCCGUGGAGGGCCUGCUGGCCACAAUCGGCAGCAAGGACCAGCUUCUCAAGGAGUCAGCAGAGCACUAUAACAGGACACUGUCUGAGCGCAUCCAGGAGAUCGAGGAGCUGAGGCGACAGCUGUGUACCCGGCAGCAGCAGCUGGCCUCCGCUGAGAAACUUAGUUCCACUGCAACACAGGAGGGUUACCUGGAGAUGGCCAAGCUCAGGGCCCUGCUGACCGAGAAGGAAUCCAUCAUCAUUAAACUUCUGGAGCGCGGCCGGGAGAGGGACCAGUUCCUGGCUGAGUUGAGGCAGAAGGAACCUGCACCGUCCCAGGUGCUGGAGCUCAGACAGACAAUCCAGUUGCUGCAGGAGAGACUGGAGGAGAGGGAAGGUGACCUCUCCAAGAGGAACAACAACGAAGACAGCAUGGAGAAGGUCCCUCUCAAGAAGACAGUGGUCAUCCUGAAGAAGGAGUUGGCUCAGAAGACUGAGGCUCUCAACAAGUCUCUGAAGAGGGAGAAUGAGCUCAAGAUGUCCCUGGCUGAUCUCCAGUCAGUGUUGUCUGAGCUGGAGGGGCGUAUCGAGGGCCAGGCGGCCAGCAUAGACUCCCUCACCACCACCCUGGAGACCAAAGACGAGAUUAUAAACGACCUCCACCAGCGUCUGGGACAGAGAGGGGACAGUCAGACCCAGGAGCCCCAGGAUCAGGCUGCUGAAGCCAGGGUGGCGCACUCGCUCCCUGGCCUCCCUCAGCGGGAGAGGACCAUCAUCGGUGGUGACAGCCAACAAGAGGUCCUGCCCUUGUUGGCUGACCUGCAGGUGGAGCACCGCUCUUUGAACCGUGCCCUGAGGGCCGAGCAGCAGCUCUACUCCAGCUUGGUUCGCACCGUCAAAGAACAGGACAGUGCCCAGCGUCUUCACGCCCUCCAGAUGGAGCUGACAGCGGUGACGCUCCUCAGACAGCAGCUGGAAGAAGGGAUCCGGAGCAACGAGGAGCUCAGAGAAGACCUGGAAAGAGAGAUCGCCAGAACCAAGCUCUCAAAAGAAGGGCGCGAGGGCCAGGGCCACGUUGACCCCAGGGAGCUGCAGAGUGUCAGGCAUCAGCUGGAGGACACCCAGCGCUGGAACGCCUCCCUGCAGGCCCGCCUCGGAGUCAUCAAGAACCGCGGGGGAGGGGUGGGUGCCGCCAAUGACACCGCUGACACCCUGGGUAGUUUCAUGGCAGACCAGACGUCCUACAUGAGUAUCUGUGUAGGAGAGGGGGAGGGCCUGGACCAUCUGUCUGUAGAGGAGCUCCGACAGAAGGUGAUGGAGCUGCAGGACUAUGUCAGUAGACUGCUGGCUGUGAAUGAGGACCUGCAGAGGACGCUCUCAUUGACUGAGGGCUCAGACCACAAUCUAUCACAAAGCAGCUCUGGGAAAGAGCAGCAUCUAGAGCGGAGACAGGAGAAAAAGUCACCGCACAGUGACAGAGUCCACAGUGACUCUGGCAAGGACAGAGGGAGCCAGACGGACAGCGGCCUUGGACAGGUGGUAGAUGGAAGGCUGAAUGACGGCCACCAAUCUGCUGAUGUGACUGUGAGCAGUACCCUGGCCCAGAUCCAGAGAGGGAUAUGGCCUCCCUGGUCUUCCAAAGCCACCAGUGAGAGCCAGUCACAGAGCAGCCAGCAGGGAGAGGUGGAGAGGGACAGAAACUGGGAGCAGCUUUGUUCUCUUCUGUCUGACUGUGGGGCCUUAUCAGUCAACCACCUCAGGGAGGAGCUACAGAGGUUGCGGUCAGAGAAUGUGGACCUGAGGGGUCAAUUAAAGGAGGAGAAAUCCAAGGAGUCCAAGGAGAGCGCCGACACCUUGGGCGACAUCGGCGACGCACAGGGCGACCUCCGCAAGACAUUGGAGAGGCUGAGGUCAGAGGCAAAAGGUCACCGCAAGAUUAUCCAGUUGCUGAAGGAGCAGCUGGAGAGGACUGAAGCGGUGGUGGACGUAGAGACCCUGUCGGAUAGUCAGCCGGACAUGAUGGUGACGAUGACCCAGGAGAUGGAGAGGCUGCGUUUGGAGCAGGAGGGAGGAGCUCAUGGUAGAGAGAAACUGCUUGAAGGAGAAGAGAGGGGGAAAGCACAGGGUCAUUCCACACAGGGGAACAGCCACACACAGCCUGCCAAGGGACAUUCAUAUCGCAUAGCAAGACAUGGGGCUGGUGUCAAAUCUCGCCUGCCCGUCCCCGUGAGACACAACAAAACAGACACUGCUGGCAGCAGGGAGUCGGUAAACCAGGCGUCAGACGAGGUCUCCUCUCAGAUGUUCAGAGAAGUACUACAUCAACUAGGCCUGGAAGACCACUGUGACCAGCAAACGUCAGACUCUGACUCCCACAGCUCUCCUAGAGCCACCCAGCACUGCAGCCCAGGCUCUAACCAAAGCAGCACCACUAGGGGGACUAUCAGACAGGGCCUGGAGACUGAGUUCCUCCGAGCUCAGGCCCCCACCGACGCCGAACUCCUAUCCCAGUUGGAGCUCCUCCACCAGGAGUGCCAGGACAAGGAGCAGCUGAUAGACCGUCUGGAGGAGCAGAUGGCCGAGUGGGAUGAACUUCAAGCCCAGCUCCGGGAGAAAGACCGGCUCAACUGUCAUUAUAUGGAAGCCCUGCAGGCCGCCGAGUCCACCAUCACUUAUCUUACAGCCUGCAAUCUGGACAGAAACAGCCAGGGUGGAGUACUAGGCUCUGGUUCAGAGUACAAACUCCAGAGACAAUGCAUUGAGCUCCAGAAAGCCCUUGAGGAGAAAGAGGGACUCAACACCCAGCUGGUGGAGUGCCUCAACAUGGUUGAGGUGGCCAUUGCCUCACUCCCCGGCACCUCGUCAUCCGCCAAUGCCCUGGACGGUCAUUUGGACCCCCAGGAGCUGUGCGUGAGGCUGGAGGCGGCCUUACGGCAGGUCAGUGCUUCUCUUGACCCUCUGGUCCUGAAAACCUCAGUUCCAGGGCCUUCAGGGUACCCCCUGGGCCUCAACGUGGAGCUGCAGCAGCAAGCGGACUCCCUGCAGGAGGCGCUGUGGGAGCAGAGCCGGCUGAACGUCGAGCUGCAGGAGAGGCUGAGGUCAGCUGAGGAGGCUGUCGCAGCACAGCAGGGCACUGCCAACACUGCCCCCGCAGGCCUGGAGGGAAAUUACGGCAGGCAGCCAGAGGAAGACCAGAAUGAGAUUCCGAGAGGGAAUGAAACAAAGGAACAGAGAGGUUGGGGAAAACAUCAUGGAAGAAGCAAGUUUGCGUCCGAUAUGAAGAGCAGCCUAGGAUCUGAGCAGGUUGCCAAGCAUCUCUCAGAGUGUCUCAGAGCAGCCGAGUCGGCCAUAGGCUCACUCACAGCUCACUGUACCAACACGAGCACUAGCACCUCUACCACGACCAGAGCAGCUCAAACCAGCUCUGACUUACAACAUCAGCUAGACAGACUACAGAGAACUCUACAGGAGAGAGAAGCAUUGGACGACCUGGGCUCCACUGAACCCACCCACCAACAGACCAGUGAGAACCCCACACGACACACCACCCCUGGGGCUGAAACCCCCUCUCCCCUAGAACUCCACCAUAACAUCUGCCUCCUCCAGAAGGCCUUCUACGACCUGCAGGAGGAGAGGGGACGCAGGGAGAGGGAAGCCAAGACGAUGGAGCCUGGAGCUUGGGUACCACCACAAGAUGUCCAGGCCCAGCUGGAAAGCCUUCAGAAGGCUUUGAAGGAGAGGAAGAGGGCCUGUAAGAGCCUUGAGGAGAAGCUGGCCACGGCUCAGUCCAUCAUAGCUCUGCAGAACUCCUCCAAGAAGACCAGUCAUGUAGCAACACAGAGAGCGCCCCCUCUGGAGCAGGAAGACAAGGGCGUGCAGGUGGACCUGCAAGACCUGGGUUACGAAACCAGUGGCAAGAGUGAGGCCGAGGUGGAUAGGGAGGAGAGCAGUAGCACAGAUAUGCAGCUUGUCCCUGGCAGUGCUAACAGCAGCCUACCCUGCCUGCUGAAGCAGGACCAGGAGGAGCCCUCGUUCUCCUCCACAGAGAACCUUGACACGGCCUCCAGUGCCUCCUACCCCAGCUCCCCCACUCUCAGCUCCCCCAAGGUGAGUCUGAAGAGCCUCCAGACGUUUGACUCCUACGGUCUGUGUGAAGACCCAGCCCAGCUCCAGGCCCAGGUGAGGGAGCUGAAGACCCAGCUAGAGAGCCAACACCAGGUCAUCCUCCACCUGGACCAUGCUACGCCGCCGCGCCUCCCUGUCCAGCGAACUGUUGACCGCCACAUCUGA